AUGUCAGCUAAAUCAAAAGCAAAUCAAUCAUUAUCAUCACCUAUUCUUAUAUUGUGGGCAAAUAAAAAGAAUUCAUCUUCACUAACAUCAUCACUAUCUUCUUUAUCAUUAAAAUCCUCCGAAACAUCAACAAUUUCUGCAUCAUCAAUAUCUUUUCAAUCAUCAACAACUGCUGCAAGUGAAGCACUUAAUAAGCAAAUAACAGCAUUAUCUAAUUUAAAAGCAACCGGUUUAUUGAAAGCCGAAAAUUCUAAAGAAUUAAGUGGUGCUAUUGUGAAUAUUGCUAAUUGUGUUGUAGUGGCUGCAGAUAAUCGUCGCCGUACUGAUGCAAUACAAUCCUGUUUAACAUUAGAUUCAUUAAAAGAACAGUUAGAUAUCAGAGGAUAUCAAUUAAGUCGUACAGCAACGUAUUAUCGUUUAUUACCAAAAAAUUCAAGAACUAUUGACGUAUAUGGUGCUUGUCUUAUCAAUGAACAACGUGUAUCAUAUAGUCGACCAACAUUUGUAGCAGUUCGAUAUGUUCUUCCCUACAAUUAUUAUGGCAAUGAUUUGGAUGAAUCUGGUAAAACAAUCGAUCAUGCAUUAGAACUUCGAAAUUUUCAACGACCAGUUUGGUCACAAUUAAAAAUUGAUAAUCAUCCAGUUGUAUCGAAAUAUAUUAAACCAUUGUUAGAUGAUGCCGAAGUUGUAAAUGAACCUGAAAAUUUAUUAUGGUCUUCUGAACAUAUUCGUCAGAGUCAAUAUUUAUUACAAAUAGUCCGAUGUAAUAAUAACAAAUGUUGCAAACCAUGGCGAUCAUAUUAUUUUCAAAUUAUUAAUCAGCGUUUUAUUCCAUCACCUCUUGCUUUUCAUAUGUCAAAAUUAGGUCCAAUUCCACUACCCUUCGACCAAAAACAUUCGAAGUUUUUUCAUUUUAUUUGA